GAAGUGAAGCGGGCUCCCAGCAAGGCAGGCAGCUCCCAGACAGAGCCAGUGAGGAAGAUGAAGCUCCCGAUUUUCAUAGCAGAUGCGUUCACAGCGACAGCUUUCCGCGGUAAUCCUGCCGCAGUCUGCCUGCUGGAGAGCACACUCCAGGAAGACGCCCAUCAGCAAAUUGCGAGGGAAAUGAACCUCUCAGAAACGGCUUUCAUCCGGAAACUGCAGCCCACGGACAGCUUCACACAAAGUUCUUGCUUUGGACUAAGAUGGUUUACGCCAGUGAGUGAAGUCCCCUUGUGUGGCCACGCCACGAUGGCCUCUGCGGCUGUGCUGUUUCACAAAAUAAAGAACGUGAACAGCACCCUGACCUUUGUCACUCUGAGCGGGGAACUAAAGGCCAGAAGAGCAGAAGACGGGAUUGUCCUGGACUUUCCUCUCUACCCAACCUUCUCCCAGGACUUCCAUGAAGUUAAAGACUUGAUAAAGGCAGCCAUAGGUGAUACUACAGUCCAGGACAUCCAGUAUUCUCCAGAUACCCGAAAACUCCUGGUCCGGCUCAGCGAUUCUUAUGACAGGUCCUUUCUAGAGAGCCUGAAGGUGAACACAGAGCCUCUGCCUGGGAUUGAGAAGACAGGGAAGGUGAAAGGCCUCAUUCUCACUCUCAGAGGAGAGUCUGGGGGGCAGACGAUCCCGUAUGACUUCUACUCCAGAUACUUUGCGCCUUGGGUUGGUGUGCCUGAAGACCCGGUAACAGGAUCUGCACACACCGUUCUCAGCAGUUACUGGUCCCAGCAGCUCGGGAAGAAAGAGAUGCGAGCCUUUCAGUGUUCCCGCCGAGGAGGGGAGCUGGACAUUUCCCUGAGACCUGAUGGGCGGGUUGACAUGAAGGGCGGAGCUGCUGUUGUCUUGGAGGGCACGCUGACCGCCUAGAGAUGCUUAUGCUGGGCUUGCAGCUCAACUCUUCUCUCCAGCCAAGAACCCAACCCAAACCAACCGAACAGCACCAAGUGGUGCCCUCAGUCCUCUUGUGAAGACCAGAGAAGGGAAGACAUUUGAUGGAGGUGCUGAAUCCUCUCCUGAUUCUCCAGAAUCCUCUCCUGGUGGUGGGCUCCAGGCUUUGCCUGAGUAUGCAUCUUCAGUCCCUAUAGCAGACACGGAUGCUGUCCCUUCUUUUGAUUAUGACUGCCAAAGCAAGAGAUGCAUUGAUAAGGAGCCAGAUGAAGCCAUUUCAAUCCCAGUGUGGGUACCUUAGGGUAUUUCACAGCCUUGUAGAAGAAUAAAUAGCUGUGUAGACCUGUUGUGUUGCCAAGAACAUUUCCUCCCCACCCCCUGAGGUUCCAAAGACCAACCAAGGUACAUCGCCACCCAAGUUCCCCUAGGGCACAAAUGAGUUAUUGGGCUUCCUCACAGAGCAUAGUUGAAGGGUUGCCUCCAUCAGUGUGGGUGUGCUCCCCUGAAAUGUGGCAUGCAACAGCAAUGCUGCCUUUCCUACAGUGGCACAGAUGGAGCCCUGCUCCCCAAAUCUCUGCUGGCCCAUGUCCUCAGCCUCUUGUGAGGCCAUGUGCAGUUAGGGCAGAGUUGCAUGCCACAGGCGGUAGGGAGUGGAUUCUCAGAGGAGGCUGUAUGCUCUCCCCAUUCCUCUAUGAGGAGAUGUAAACAGUCACCAGCCCCAGCUGGGAUGAUCUUUGGCAAGAUGUAGGAAACCAUCUCCCAAUGUAAUCAUACUAAGAAAGAAAGGUGAAUAGAUCGAAAACUGUCAGAGGCUCUGCUCCAAUGCUGGGGAAUAUGGGUUUGUAUGGGCUCUAAAGUCAGCAAAAUGAAACAGUUCAUCUUGGAGGACAAUGGAAUUUAUAGCUUUAAAAAAAAAAAUGAGUCGGGAGCUUACUGAGUGGCUGAAACAUUUGAUGUCAAGGAUAUCAACCUGAGUUUGAAUCCUGGGACCCACACCACUCCUACAUGUUGUCCUGUAACCUAUGUGCUAUAGCAUGCACACACCCAUACAUAUACAUGCAUACCCCAAACAAAUAUAUGUAAUAAAAAUCAUAUUCUUCA